CGGAGCCUACGUGGCGCGCUUGCUGAAGCUGUAGGACCUCCGCGCUGGCUUCAGCCAUGGCUGAGGGCUGCCGGACGCCCCAGGCCCGGGCGCUUUUGCAGCAGUGCCUGCACGCCCGGCUGCAAGUUCGCCCAGCCGAGGGGGACGCUGAGGCGCAGUGGGUGGAGAUUAAGAGAGGAUUAGUGAUUUAUGUGUGCUUCUUCAAGGGAGCUGAUAAAGAAAUUCUUCCAAAAAUGGUUAAUACACUGUUAAAUGUGAAAUUAAGUGAGACAGAAAAUGGCAAGCACGUGUCUAUAUUGGAUCUACCUGGCGACAUUCUUAUCAUUCCUCAAGCCACCCUUGGAGGGAGAGUAAAAGGAAGAAAUAUGCAGUAUCACUCUAACUCUGGAAAAGAAGAAGGAUUAGAACUUUAUUCCCAAUUUGUGACUCUCUGUGAAAAAGAAUUAGCUGCUAACAGCAAGUGUGCUGAAGCUGGAGCUGUAGUGGAACAUGGCACUUACGGGAACAGGCAGGUGUUAAAGCUGGAUAGCAAUGGACCAUACACACACCUCGUUGAGUUUUGAAAAAUUAAACGUGCAUCACUACAGCUGUUUCUGGUAUGAAAUGAUCUGAACUAUAAUUAGAGUUUCUUUCCUUUCAUCCUGAAUACACUAAUUUGCAGCAUUUUUAAACCAAAUUCUGGGUCCCAUGUAUAACUCUGCAAUCUGCUGAUCAGAUGACCUAGCCAAAUUACCUACCCUCUGGAUUUCAACAUACCUUUGUCCUGCUUUCUCCUAUCUUUCCACUCAAAGAUUGAAAACUAUUGUCUUCACUGUAUAGUGACUGAGAUGAUCUUAGCUAUAUUUAGAAGGUAUGUACAUUUUACAUUUUUGCAAUGAAGAAAUUUGUAUAAUCAAGAAAAGUAUUUCUUCAACCCUCAAAUUUAUGUAGUAUGUAAUAAAACUAUUUGUAUUACAACUAUGUAAAGUUUAGCACAAACAAUUAUAACUUUGUCAGUUUUGUUUCAUUAUUUCUGGUUUUUAUACUUUGAAUAAAAGAAUAUGUGAUUUACUAUUCUUAUUAAUAAUA